UUGCCCCUUCCCUGUGCAGUCUGCCUCCAACACCAGCACUGGUCUCUGGCAAGCUCUGCCCAUUCCUGGCAAAUCCUGCAGGACCAGAGUGUCAGCCAACAGCAUGGCCACAAAAUGCGGAAAGUGCGGCCCAGGCUAUGCUACUCCUCUCGAAGCCAUGAAAGGACCCCGGGAGGAGAUUGUCUACCUGCCCUGUAUUUACCGAAACACAGGCAUUGAGGCCCCAGAUUAUUUGGCCACUGUGGAUGUUGACCCAAAGUCUCCCCAUUAUAGUCAGGUCAUCCACAGGCUGCCCAUGCCCUACCUGAAGGAUGAGCUGCACCACUCGGGAUGGAACACUUGCAGUAGCUGCUUUGGGGACAGCACCAAGGCGCGCACCAAGCUCAUGCUACCCAGUCUCAUCUCCUCCCGCCUCUACGUGGUGGACGUGGGCUCUGACCCUCGCGCCCCGAAGUUGCACAAGGUCAUUGAACCCAGUGAAAUCCACUCCAAGUGCAACGUGGGCAAUCUGCACACCAGCCACUGCCUGGCCAGCGGAGAGGUGAUGAUCAGCACCUUGGGGGACCCCCAGGGUAAUGGCAAAGGUACCUGCUGGCACUGUGGACUUGGCCAAACCUCAGCAGAUAAGAGGCAUAGGAAACAUCUGGCUGUGGGAGGCACCUGGUCCGUGGAGAAGGUGAUCCAGGUGCCCUCCAAGAAAGUGAAGGGCUGGCUGCUGCCCGAAAUGCCAGGUUUGAUCACCGACAUCCUGCUGUCCCUGGAUGACCGCUUCCUCUACUUCAGCAACUGGCUGCACGGGGACAUUCGACAGUACGACAUCUCCAACCCACAGAAGCCCCGCCUUGCUGGGCAGAUCUUCCUUGGGGGCAGCAUUGUUAAAGGAGGCCCUGUGGAGGUGCUGGAGGACCAAGAGUUAAAGUGUCAGCCGGAGCCCCUAGUGGUCAAGGGAAAACGCAUUCCUGGAGGCCCUCAGAUGAUCCAGCUCAGCUUGGAUGGGAAGCGUCUUUAUGUCACCUCGUCGCUGUACAGCGCCUGGGACAAGCAGUUUUACCCCGACCUCAUCAGGGAAGGCUCCGUGAUGCUGCAAAUUGAUGUAGACACUGUAAAUGGAGGGCUCAAGUUGAACCCCAACUUUCUGGUGGACUUCGGGAAGGAGCCCCUUGGUCCAGCACUGGCUCAUGAGCUUCGGUACCCAGGAGGUGACUGCAGUUCUGACAUCUGGAUCUGAAGGCUCGCCCCAAAUCCCCUCCUCUAUGUUCUGAGCCCUCCCUUGAGGAGCCUGGCCUCACUCUGUUCGCUUGGCCCCCACUCUCCAAGGCCACAUUGAGACUAGUGAGAUCUACUGAGUAGCAUCUCGCGACUGUUGCUUGUUGUCACUGUGCUGUUCCUAAAUGAGCUCUUGAAGCCCCAAGAAAUAAAAUGCUGAGCCUGU